CUUCCUUGUCAAGCGAAGCCGAACUCCUCUUCCUCCUCCGCUGAUCCUCCCAAGUCCCAAACCCGCGCCCCGAAUCUGCUGCCGCCGCUGCGUCCGUGUCGGCUUUGCCCCGCCGGUGAAGAUGUUGUCGAGGAUCUCCCGCCUUGGCGUCCACGCCCUGAACCGGGCGAGGCUAGGUCAAAAGUCAGUAACUUCAAGGAAUCAGGAAGAACCCAUCAGAGCCUGUAUGAACUAUGUGGGUAAUCAUUCUCUAUGUUCCGCCACGGAAGCUAAAGUCAGUGACAGGAGCGAACAGCCGAAAGCUAAGAUAUCUGUGACAUUUGUUGAUAAGGAUGGCGAUGAAACGGUUAUCAAUGUUCCUAUUGGGAUGUCAAUGCUGGAAGCUGCUCAUGAGAAUGACAUAGAACUUGAAGGAGCAUGUGAGGGCUCUCUUGCAUGUUCUACCUGUCAUGUGAUUGUAACGGACGUAGACUACUAUAACAAAUUGGAAGAUCCUGAAGAUGAGGAAAACGAUAUGCUGGACCUUGCUUUUGGGCUUACAGAAACAUCUCGCCUUGGUUGCCAAGUAAUUGCAAGCCCUGAACUUGAUGGCAUAAGAUUAGCACUGCCAGCAGCUACCAGAAAUUUUGCUGUUGAUGGGCAUGUCCCGAAACCACACUGACUAAGCACUGGGUUGGUGGCAGUACUGCAUUCUUCUCUCACAAGUACUCUCUCCGUUCCGAAUUACUUGUCUUGGAUUUGUCUAGAUACGGAUGUAUCUAGACUCAUUUUAGUGCUAGAUACCUCCGUAUCUAGAUAAAUCCAAGACAAGUAAUUCGGAACGGAGGAAGUAGUUGAUUUUUCUCGUUGACAUUUUCGAUGUUUACAGAUGCUGAAACGUUGUUUUUGUCCCCCACUGCAUUUGAGAAGGAACGAAAGUGACCGA